CUGUCUGAAACUAUCUACAACAUUGUAGAAUAUAUUUCUGUUCGAUUAAACAUGUCGAAGAAGCAAAUCUACUACUCUGACAAGUACACAGAUGAAGAAUUUGAGUAUAGGCAUGUUAUGCUCCCGAAACAGUUAUCCAAGCUGGUUCCCACAUCUCACUUGAUGACCGAAGAUGAAUGGAGGGGUCUGGGCGUCCAGCAGAGCCAGGGCUGGAUCCACUACAUGAUCCACAAGCCAGAGCCACACAUAUUGCUUUUCCGAAGACCUCUUCCAAAAGAUUAAGACCCAAAAACCACCUCAUUUGAAUUGUUUGGUGUUUGUUGACUGUAAGCAUUACACAUCUCUGUGUAUUUUGGUGUUUAGAAUAGAACCCUUUUGCAGUUUAGUUUUUUUACUCCCACAAAAUUCUGGAUGUAUGGUAGAGGCAUCCCAAUGAGAGCUGAAGGCAGAGAAGGCUCAGCCCCCACUAAAAUAUGGUGAGCAGUUCUGCGUUGAUUUUUCAGUGAUGCCAGUAUGAAAAUGGAUUCCAGAGUUUACCAUGCUUGAGUCAAUAUUAUUUGUUAAUUUUUUAUUGAUUAAUCACUUCACAAUAUAUGGUGUAGUGAUACGCAUAUUGGUCAAACUUAUGUAUUUUUUUUUUUUGUUGAACAUGGAAUAUUUGAUUUAAAUAUUUGUUCUGUAAAUGUUAUUUUUUGUCUGCAAUCUUGUAUAUAUAUUUUUAUCAGACAGUAUACAUUUUGACUGAUCAGUCAAAUUUCUGUUAAUUUUAUUUUCUGUUGGACAGUAUGUAAAUAAAGUAUAUUUCUUUACUUUCUCUGUGGAGGUUUGUAUACAUUCUCUCUUUUAAUGUAAAUGUCAUUUAUUCAAAUUUUUUAUAAAUCAUAGCAGUACAAGUGGUUUUUGGUUUUUACCUCAUCAAUAUGUUUUGUUUUGCAGAUUAAUCAAACUGUAUUAAGGCUGUUGUAUAUUUUAGAGGAUCAUAUAGUAACCUCAAGUUUGGCACCCUUGAUAAAGAUGAACAAAAGAGCUGAGUGAAAUAAAGGAAAUAAGUAAUGCCCUUUAUUUUAUGCUAAAGAAAAUAUGGGGGAAUUACUUUACUCUAAUACAAUUACUCUGAGAAAACAUGCAUCAUUAUUGGCACCACAA